AUGUCAAGUGAAGAGCCAAAGUUUCCCUUUGUUUACGUAAAGUUACGUCUGGAAUCAAUAACUAAGUACACUGAAAAAGUGUACAUAGAUUUGCAAUCGCAUGUUAGUGUUUUAAGACGCAAGAUUUGUGAAAAGGAUAACACUCUAAACAAAGAUAAUUUUAUAAUGGUUUAUUGCGGAAAUGUUAUGGAAGACCCUGAUCUUAUUUCUAAGCAUAAUCUUUUUAACGGAGCUACAGUGCAUUUGUUCCAAAAAUUGAAGAUUGAAAAAACGCAACCCCCAAUAACUAUUGAUAUGAGCCAUGCAGGAUUGUUAAAAUUACAUCAUGCUUUUCGUUCAUUCUCGUUUAAUAUAUCGUUAAAAUCUGUACGAAUGGGUAUUGACAAGGAUCAAAUUAUAAAUGAUCUAAUCAUGAAAAUUCCUCAACUUAAUAAAGAUCCUGUAGCAGUUAGUCUUUUAAAACAUUCUGAUUUAUUAAUCAGACGCAAUGAUAUUAUCUCGUUGAAAAACACUGUGGAAGAGCAUCCCGCUUUGGCAUUAGCUGUAUUGGAAAUGUCUUCAAAUAAUAAUUUAGUUGCGCUGAACUGCUCGGUUGCCUCGGUACCCAUAUCUGCUGACACUGCUGGCACUGCGACGACCACACCUAUAUCUGCUGCCACUGCUUCGACCACACCUAUAUCUGCUGCCACUGCUUCGACCACACCUAUAUCUGCUGCCACUGCUUCGACCACACCUAUAUCUGCUGGCACUGCUUCAACCACACCUAUAUCUGCUGCCACUGCUUCGACCACACCUAUAUCUGCUGGCACUGCGACGUUAAUACCUAUAUCUGCUAACACUUUGACGAUCAUACCUAUAUCUGCUGCCACUGCUUCGACCACACCUAUAUCUGCUGCCACUGCUUCAACCACACCUAUAUCUGCUGCCACUGCUUCGACCACACCUAUAUCUGCUGGCACUGCGACGUUAAUACCUAUAUCUGCAAAAACUUUGACGAUCAUACCUAUAUCUGCUAACACUGCUGGCACUGCGAAGAUCAUACCUUUAUCUACUGACACUGCUUUGGCCAGACUCAUAUCUGCUGCCAUUGCUUCAACCACACCUAUAUCUGCUGCCACUGCUUCAACCACACCUAUAUCUGCUGCCACUGCUUCGACCACACCAAUAUCUGCUGGCACUGCGACGAGCAUACCUAUAUCUGCUAACACUGCUGGCACUGUGAAGAUCAUACCUUUAUCUGCUGACACUGCUUUGACCAGACUCAUAUCUGCUGCCAUUGCUUCAACCACACCUAUAUCUGCUGCCACUGCUUCGACCACACCUGUAUCUGCUGCCACUGCUUCAACCACACCUAUAUCUGCUGCCACUGCUUCAACCACACCUAUAUCUGAUGCCAAUGCUUCGACCACACCUAUAUCUGCUGGCACUGCGACGUUAAUACCUAUAUCUGCAAAAACUUUGACGACCAUACCUAUAUCUGCUAACACUGCUGGCACUGCGACGAUCAUACCUAUAUCUGCUAACACUUUGACGAUCAUACCUAUAUCUGCCAACACUGCUGGCAUUGCGAAGAUCAUACCUUUAUCUGCUGACACUGCUUUGACCAGACUUAUAUCUGCUGCCAUUGCUUCAACCACACCUAUAUCUGCUGCCACUGCUUCGACCACACCUAUAUCUGCUGCCACUGCUUCGACCACACCUAUAUCUGCUGCCACUGCUUCGACCACACCUAUAUCUGCUGCCACUGCUUCGACCACACCUAUAUCUGCUGUCACUGCUUCGACCACACCUAUAUCUGCUGCCACUGCUUCGACCACACCUAAAUCUGCUGUCACUGCUUCGACCACACCUAUAUCUGCUGCCACCGCUUCGACCACAUCUAUAUCUGCUGCCACCGCUUCGACCACACCUAUAUCUGCUGUCACUGCUUCGACCACACCUAUAUCUGCUGUCACUGCUUCGACCACACCUAUAUCUGCUGCCACUGCUUCGACCACACCUAUAUCUGCUGCCACUGCUUCGACCACAUCUAUAUCUGCUGCCACUGAUUCGACCACAUCUAUAUCUGCUGCCACCGCUUCGACCACACCUAUAUCUGCUGUCACUGCUUCGACCACACCUAUAUCUGCUGCCACUGAUUCGACCACACCUAUAUCUGCUGCCACCGCUUCGACCACACCUAUAUCUGCUGUCACUGCUUCGACCACACCUAUAUCUGCUGUCACUGCUUCGACCACACCUAUAUCUGCUGCCACUGCUUCGACCACACCUAUAUCUGCUGCUACUGCUUCGACCACAUCUAUAUCUGCUGCCACUGAUUCGACCACAUCUAUAUCUGCUGCCACCGCUUCGACCACACCUAUAUCUGCUGUCACUGCUUCGACCACACCUAUAUCUGCUGCCACUGAUUCGACCACACCUAUAUCUGCUGGCACUUUUGGCACUGCUUCGAUCACACUUAUAUCUGCUGGCACUAAUAGACAACCAUUGAAAAGAGUCGUCAAAUUUAACAUUUCACACGAAGAGUUUGUAGCAGGUUUAGAAGGUAUAAGAACAUUAAGAACACCGCCAAGUACACUAGGUUUGCACCCCCUAGGUACGUCAACUGGAAAUACAAGAGUGUUAGGUAUAAGAACAGGAACAAUACAGCAAACACAGCUAAGUACUAGUGGUGCAAGUACAUCAACUGGAAAUACAGGAAAUGUGCCGAUGACUAUGCCUCCUAAUACUAUACAAUGUCAACCAACUACACCCGCAGUUGAUUAUUCACGUCAAUUAGGAAUAAUGAGAAAAAUGGGUCUGUGCAAUGAGUCUUUAAAUCUACAAGCAUUGAAACUAGGGAACGGUAACUUGGAGAAUGCUAUUGGAUUAGCAUUAAGUGGUUUUAAAAAUUUAGAAAAAUUUGUAAAGGUAGAAAUUAAUCAAUAA